ACAAGUAAUCAUCAAACAACUUCUGGAUACAAACUACAGUGAUGCUAUCAGCUGAAACUUGAAUUUAACUUGGCAACUUGACAGAAUAGGUGGCUUUCUACCUAGAUAUCUCUACCCACGACAACGAGGAUUUGUUUGAUGAACGCAAGGAGGCAAGGGGGACGGCUAGAUAGAUCACCCCACUCUAUCUCCUGAUCUGUGGAAACAAUGGCUAGCGCUGCACCUCCACCAGCCGCUGUCUCGACCGCCACUGAGAACCCCAACAGCUCGACUGCUGGGGAGGGUGGCAAUCAGGACAGCACCUUCGAAUGUAACAUCUGCCUGGACACUUCCAAGGAUGCGGUGAUCAGUCUAUGUGGGCAUCUCUUUUGUUGGCCGUGUUUACAUCAGUGGUUGGAGACCAGACCUAACAGACAGGUGUGUCCAGUGUGCAAGGCAGGCAUCAGUCAAGACAAAGUCAUCCCACUAUAUGGCAGGGGAAGCACAGGCCAGCAGGACCCACGGGAGCGAACGCCUCCUCGACCACAAGGACAGAGGCCAGAGCCUGAAAAUCGUGGUGGAUUUCAGGGGUUCGGUUUUGGAGAUGGAGGAUUCCAGAUGUCUUUUGGCAUUGGUGCCUUUCCAUUUGGAAUUUUCGCUACAGCUUUUAACAUCAACGAUGGAAGACCACCCCCAGCUGCCCCUGGGACCCCCCAGCACAUGGAUGAACAGUUCCUGUCUCAACUCUUUCUAUUUGUGGCUCUGGUGAUCAUGUUUUGGCUACUAAUCGCAUAAAUGUAUGGGCAGCCAGGACCAAGGCUCAAGUUGGACAGUUCUUAAUACUCUGUUUUCAGAUACUUGUUUGAUUUUGUCCUCUUGACUUGGCUAGCUAUUGGUUUAAUUUCAGUAAUUGAGAUUACAAACUGUGUGAUUACAUCUGUACUAUGAGUCCUACAGAAGUCUGAAAUAGUCUUAAAAUGGUCCUACCUCUUCAUUUCUAUCAAGGUUAUGUUUUUUUAAUAGACAUUAAGUGUACAUGGCUGGCAAUAUAGAACCAGAUAUUAAAAGAAAGAUGGCAAAUCAGUAAAUGUAAGGUACCAGAUAUACCCUCUGUGUUUGUAUGGAUAUAGAUUAGGAGUGGUAUGUCCUGUUUCUGAACUGAAUUUAUCAAUUCAGGAAGAGAUGUAUCAUUGGUGAUAACCUCCCGAGUGGCGCAGUGGUCUAAGGCACUGCAUCGCAGUGCUAGCUGUGCCACUAGAGAUCCUGGU